CUACCUUUCUAUCUCCUUUGUUCACUUUGUAACGUCCCUUCUUUCCUCUACCACAUCCCGUCCUUCUUGUCGCCUGUCAUUGCUUUUUCCAUGCCCACCAGCAGCCCGAGCCGCUCUCCAAACCCCGGAGAGAACAUCGCGUUCUCGACACCUUACCGGGGCCCAACGGCCGAGAAUUUCGACGCCGUCCUUGCCCGCGCAUCACGGCGGGCGCAACUGUAUGAGCUGCAGAUCAAGGAACUGGAGUACAACCUUUCCGAAGACUUGAGCAACUGCCGCGCUAUCGAGGGCCUCCUCCGUGACUCGUUCACCACGCUCAAGCGCAAUUACCGCCGCGCAGACAAAGAGGCGCUGCGGACGCACGUCCCGCUCAUCGCGAACGAGCUCCAGGAGUCGAUGGACAAGCUCACUGAUCUUGAGAGGCGCCUCCCUGAGAUCCGCACGCAGGUCGCGCACAUCCGGACGAACUACAACAAGGGUCGGGACAAGGCAAAGGACCUUGUGCAUGACCUCGAAUGGCUGAACACGGACUUCUACGAGCGCUGGCGUACCGUCAUUUUCACUGCGGACAGCCCCGUCUCGUGGCGUUGGAAGGCGGGCAUGCGCCUGAUCUUCGCUAUCUGCUUCGCCGUCGCGGCCUGGCUCGCGUGGAUCGCCCUCCGCGGGGCGUACCGUGCACAUAGGCAGCGGCUCGUGUGGGGCGAACGGCUCAUGUAUGUCAAGUCGUCGAAUGUCGUGUGCAACCGUGGCUUCCCUUGCCUUCAACUGAUCGAGCUCGACAUUCACGAGUAG